AUGGACGACGAUUCCGUUUACAAGUACAUCAGGAAGCUAAUGGCCCUCCCGUUCCUCCCGUAUCCGGAAAUCCAACCGAUGUUCGACCUACUCGAGGAGCAGGCCCAAACCGACCAGCUGGGGAGACUUUUCCAGUACAUCCGACGACAGUGGAUUGAGAGUGAAGUAUUCACCCCAAGAAACUGGUGCGUGUACAAGGAGCCCGUCCGCACAAAUAACGACCUGGAAGGCUGGCAUAACGCCCUCAAUCGCAGAGCUGGAGGACAAUGCGGUUUGCCCUUAUAUCUUUUAAUUGAGUUACUUGAUCGGAAGGCAAAACUCACAGCUAUUACAAUUAGGCUGGUCUCUGACAACAAACUGAAACGAAUUCAACGACGUACAACAAGAAACAUUCAGGCAAAACUAUUCGCAAGUUGGGAGAAGUAUGAGAACAACGAGAAAACCGCUGCUCAACUACUCAGGACGUGCUCGCGUUUGUGUGGACCAGCGCGCUCUAACUGA